AUGAGAAUGAUGAGGUAUUGGCAGGAAAAGCUAUGUAAGUUGCCUGCAGCAGAACGUGAACAGUACCGAAAAGCACCAGGCCAGUUCAAGUAUGCAAUCUGUGGUACUUCAGCACUGCCACAGCCCAUCAACGACUUCUGGACGAAGAUGAUGGAUGGUAAGAAAAUCAAGCAACGCUACGGCUCGACAGAGCAAGGGAUCAUUCUCAGCAUGCCAUAUGAGGGCAGAGAUGAUACGCCUGAUGGAUCGACAGGACAGCCAUCAAUAGGUGUAGACGUGAAGCUGUCCGAAGGCGAUGAAGGCGAGAUCAGGUCCAGGUCCUUUUACAUGUUCUCAAAGUAUAUUCAUGACCCUGAAGCCACCAAAGCUGCGUUUGACGCGGAAGGUUAUUUCAAGUCUGGCGACAUGGCAUUCAAGAAAGGCAACGAUUUCUUCAUCACUGGUCGUGCUUCGGUGGAUGUGCUGAAGUCUGGUGGGUACAAGAUCUCCGCCCUAGACAUCGAACGCGAAAUUCUGUCGCUACCAUACAUCAAUGAGGUAAUGGUUGUGGGAGUGCCUGACGAUGAGUUCGGACAACGAGUAGCAGCAGUCUUAUCUGUGUCGGAUAGCGAAGCGGCUCAUCAUUACUAUCAGGAGCACAACCGGUCGUUUGGCAAGCUGAAUCUUGAUGACCUGAGAACGGAUUUGCGAGACAGGUUAGCAGGGUACAAACUACCGACGUUACUGCGUGUCAUCAAAGAAGAGCUGCCAAAGAGCCCAACAGGAAAGGUUGUAAAAAAGGUCUUGGGUCCGCAGUAUUUUCCUCUGGACUAUCUAGAAGAUCCUGAGGUACAGAAAUGGACAGGUAAAAGUGGUGAUCCCAAGGCGAAGCUAUAG